AUGCCUCAGAUUGUUGUAGAUUUUAGCCCCCUCCUGUAUGAUGCAGGCUCAGCGUUGAUCCCCUUCUUCGACAAGAUCCCCGAAUUCUGCCACUGGCGAACGCAGACGUGCGACGACCUGCGCGCGUUCUUCCUAGGCAGCGCGCGCGGGAACGCGGCGCUCCUGCGCAAGCCCCCCCGGUGUGGCAAGUUCAGCGCGGUGGAGCGCGCGCCGCGCGCGGAGGGCGCGCUCUACGCGCGCGUCACCGGGGCACGCAACGGGUCGGUCAGUCGGCUGAUAACCGACUGCUUCAUUCUGGUAAAGGCGCACUUGGAGGCCAAUGCGCGCGCGACGGUGGGGGAGGUUCGCGCGGCGCUGCGCGGCACAGUGGAAACGUGCGUGGCGGCCUUGGCGGCGGGGUGCCAGCGCAUCAUUGAUGCCGGCGCUCCCGACCAAGUGCGAUUCGACAUUCGGACUUAUGCCGGUGAUACAUACGUCACCCGCGACUCCCAUCCAGUCAAGCUCACCGGACGCGCCAGCGGUCUCAUCGUUCUAGUUCUCAGCAACAUGGAAUGCUACGCGGAGAAAGGACCCUACGAGCGCAUCUCCAACAAUUCAAUAGCGCGCCUACGUCUCUUUAAGACGUACCUGUCGCUCGAGUUUGGGCGCGCGGUCGCGACUCUCUGCGAAGCAAACCCGAACCUCCGUGUCGUGUACACAAUCGACAUCUCGGACCUUGCAAAUGUGCUGCACUUCGGAGAAGAAGUGCAGCUGGCAAAAGUGGCUCCGAUUCGGCCGUCUCAACCGGCGGACGUGCAGGCCUUGUUGGAGCAUUACCUGGGUCGCCGCGCGAGCAGCGACGUGGACUGGCGGCGAGCGGCGGAACGGCUGACGGGGCCCCCUAGCCUGGCGUGCUUGUUUCUCCGUGUAUCUGAGAGACGGCGAGGUUCUGACGCCGGAAAAGCUGGAGGCGGUCCUCUGUCGGGCGGAAAGGGAACAUCGGAAGCAAAUCGGGCAUUUUUUCAAUCUGUACGCGAGGUACAAUCAAAUUGCUCGGGAGGCGUUGACUCACGUCUGGGGAGAACUGAAAGAGAAAGAGGUGAACGGCGUAGUGGUGCUGCCGGAGACUCGCCCGGAGAGGUGGGCGGAAGUCGAGGGGCUGGGAAUCUUGAUACCGGAGCGGGUAGAAGGAGAGGGGGACGUCAUUUGUCUCUACCCUUGCCUAAAGGGAUUGCUCGAUAA